AUGGCAAAAAUCAACACCCAGCACUCCUACGCUGGUAUGCACAGACUGUCUGUCAGAACCACUGAUGAAGAUAUUGAAAGGAUUGAAAAUGGCUUUAUCAGAACCCAUUCGCUGUGUGAGGAUACAUCUUCAGAACUGCAGAGAGUCAUUUCUGCCGAGGGAGGGCAUUUAUCUGGAUCCCAGACGAGCUCAUUCACAGGCAGGGGAGCAAUGGCAAGGCUGUCACGAUUUGUUGUAUCUCUGAGGUCAUGGGCCACAAGACAUUUGCACCACGAAGACCAAAGACCUGAUUCUUUCCUGGAGCGAAUCCGAGGGCCAGAGCUCAUAGAGGUGUCCAGUAGGCAAAGUAACAUCCGUUCCUUUCUGGGCAUCCGUGAACGUCCUGGGGGAGUGAACAGUCAAUGGCCCCUGGCCAGGUUUAAUGUCAACUAUAGCAACAACACCAAUGAAGACAAAAAGGAAGAAAAGAAAGAGGUUAAAGAGGAAAAGAAACAGGAAAAGAAGGAGGAAAAGAAAGAGGAAAAGAAAGAUGACAAAAAAGAUGACAAAAAAAAAGAAGAGAAGAAAAAAGAGAUCUUUGUGAUAGAUCCUUCAAGCAAUAUGUACUACAACUGGCUGACCAUAAUUGCAGCACCUGUGUUCUAUAACUGGUGUAUGCUAGUGUGCAGGGCCUGCUUUGAUGAGCUACAAAUUGACCAUAUUAAAGUAUGGCUGUUCUUGGACUAUUGCUCUGAUGUAAUCUAUGUUUUUGACAUGUUUGUUAGAUUCAGGACAGGCUUCCUUGAACAAGGCUUGCUAGUUCAAGAUGAAAAGAAAUUACGAGACCAUUAUACCAAAACUGUGCAGUUCAAACUGGAUGUGGUGUCUCUUCUGCCAACAGACCUGGCAUACCUGAAGCUUGGUUUGAACUACCCCGAGCUGCGAUUUAACCGCUUGCUGAGGAUUUCCCGACUGUUUGAGUUUUUUGACCGCACGGAAACCCGGACAAAUUAUCCAAACAUGUUUCGCAUUGGAAAUCUUGUCUUGUACAUCCUUAUCAUCAUCCACUGGAACGCGUGCAUAUACUUCGCCAUUUCGAAGCUCAUCGGCUUUGGAACCGACUCGUGGGUCUACCCCAACGUGUCCAUUCCGGAGUACGGGCGCCUGUCCAGGAAGUACAUUUACAGCCUGUACUGGUCAACGCUCACGCUGACCACCAUUGGAGAAACACCGCCCCCGGUGAAGGACGAAGAGUAUCUCUUUGUGGUCAUCGACUUCCUGGUGGGCGUGCUGAUCUUCGCUACCAUUGUCGGUAACGUGGGCUCCAUGAUUUCCAACAUGAAUGCCUCCAGGGCAGAGUUCCAGGCCAAAGUCGAUUCUAUUAAGCAGUACAUGCACUUCCGAAAAGUGACUAAGGACUUGGAAGCCAGGGUUAUUAAGUGGUUUGAUUACCUCUGGACCAACAAGAAAACGGUGGAUGAGAAGGAGGUUCUCAAAAAUCUGCCCGACAAGUUGAAGGCUGAAAUUGCCAUCAAUGUCCACUUGGACACGCUGAAGAAAGUGCGCAUAUUCCAGGACUGUGAAGCUGGACUUCUCAUUGAGCUGGUGCUGAAACUGAAACCUACGGUCUUCAGUCCUGGGGACUACAUUUGCAAAAAGGGAGAUAUUGGGAGAGAAAUGUACAUUAUUAAAGAGGGAAAGUUGGCUGUGGUGGCAGAUGAUGGCAUAACCCAAUUUGUAGUCCUAAGCGAUGGCAGCUACUUUGGUGAAAUCAGCAUCCUGAACAUCAAAGGUAGCAAAUCUGGCAACAGGAGGACAGCCAACAUAAGGAGUAUUGGUUAUUCUGAUUUGUUCUGCUUGUCUAAAGAUGAUUUAAUGGAGGCUCUCACAGAAUAUCCAGAAGCCAAAAAGGCUCUGGAAGAGAAAGGGCGACAAAUUCUGAUGAAAGACAAUUUAAUAGAUGAGGAAGCAGCAAAAGCAGGAGCUGACCCAAAAGACUUGGAAGAAAAAGUAGAAAGACUUGAAACAGCUCUGGACACGCUGCAGACUAGGUUUGCUAGGCUCUUGGCAGAAUACAGCUCUUCUCAACAAAAAGUGAAGCAGAGACUUGCUAGAGUAGAAACCAGAGUGAAAAAAUAUGGCAGCGGCACCUUAUCAGUUGGAGAAGCAGAGGCCGAAAAACCUGAGGAGCAGAAAAAUAACUGA